GUCUGUCGUCUUCAAUCUUAUCAUCAUCAUCAGCAUUCAUUCAUUUAUAUUUUUUUAUCAUUGAAUUGACAUUGUCAUCAAAGUUUUCAGCUUUAGUCGUAAAUAUUGGACAAUUGCAGAAAAAAAAAUCAACAAAACAAACAUGUCAUCAUCGGUCACUAUUAUGAUAUCGAAUUUUAUCGAUGGACAAUUUAUCGAUAACCGUAAUUCAUUUGAAUCAUAUAAUCCAUCCAAUGGUAAUGUUAAUGCUUUAAUGCCUGAUUCAAAUGAACAAGAUGUUCGAUUAGCUACCAAUGCAGCAUUGAAAGCAUUUGAAAUCUGGUCCAAAACAUCGGAUAAAUAUCGAAUUGAAAUUCUUAAUAAAAUUGCCGAUUUGAUUGAGAAAAAUCUUGAUGAAUUGGCUAAACUUGAAAGCGAAGAUCAAGGCAAACCGUUGUGGCUUUCCAAAUCAGUGGACAUUCCAAGAUCAGUUUUGAAUUUUCGCCAUUUUGCCAAUUAUUUGUCCUAUCAAUCUGAUCAUUCGAUUGUCAAUCAUGAUGCUGGAAUCAUUAAUUACAUUAGUAGACAACCAGUUGGUGUUGUUGGAAUCAUAACACCAUGGAAUUUACCGUUAUAUUUGUUGACAUUUAAAUUAGCACCUGCCAUAGCAUUUGGUAAUACUGUUGUCGCUAAACCAAGUGAAUUGACUUCUGUGACAGCAUUUCGAUUGUGUCAAAUAUUCACUGAGGCUGGAUUACCAAAUGGUGUGAUCAAUAUGGUUUUUGGUUAUGGAAACAAAGUUGGUGAAGCGAUCGUAAAACAUCCAUCAAUCAAAUUGUUGUCAUUCACUGGAUCUACAAUGACAGGACAAAAAAUUGCACAACAAGCAGCACCAUUAUUCAAGCGACUUUCAUUGGAAAUGGGUGGUAAAAAUGCGGCCAUCAUUUUUGAUGAUGUUGAUCUUGAAAAAUCAAUGAUGAAUAUUGCAAAAUCGGUUUAUUUCAAUUCUGGACAAAUAUGUCUAGCAACAAGUCGAAUUCUGGUCCAUGACAAUAUCUAUGAAGAAUUUAUUGAAAAAUUCACAAAAAUUUCCAAUGAAUUUAUAGUUGGAGAUCCAUUUGAAAAGCAUACCAAACUUGGACCAAUGGUAAGUCGACAACAUUGUGACAAGGUAAUGAGAUACAUAGAAUUGGCACGUAAUACAACUACAGCCAGAAUGACAUAUUUGGAGCCAAAAAAUCCGAAUAAAAAUGGAUAUUAUUGUGGGAUAGCUAUUGUUUCGGAUGUCCAAAUCGAUUCACCAUUGAUGAUGGAAGAAAUUUUCGGUCCAGUAGUUUGUAUUGUCAAAUUUAAAGAUGAACAAGAAGCAAUCAAAAUUGCUAAUAAUACAACAUAUGGUUUGUCAGCAACCGUUUGGACCAAAUCAUUGGAUCGAAUGCAUCGUGUUAGUCAUCAGAUUGAAGCUGGAACCGUAUGGGGUAAUUGUUGGUUAGUUCGUAAUCUGAACAUGCCUUUCGGUGGUGUCAAACAAUCCGGAAUCGGUCAUGAAAGUACAGAUGAUUCAAGAGAAUUUUAUACGAAUAAAAAAACAAUUUGUAUUUUACUUGAAAAAAGUUUAAAUUGA